UAGCUAUGCCUCCUUUCCAUGUGCCUCUCUAGCCUCGCGGCAACCAAUGUGACAGCAUCAUGUCAAGUGCGGCGAAGCAGGCAGCUCUGUAAGUUAAGAACCCGCGCCCGCCUCCUCGCACUCGAUCACAACUCCCCUUCCCACUCCCCGCGCACAGAGACUGGCAGAUGUCGAGGAACGGCAGUCCUGCUACGCUUCUCAGCAGGCUCGCUCUCAAUGCGAGCCGUCCAGGAGCGUUUGCAGAGAUGCCCGUCACUACGAGAGGGAUGAGUCAGAGACACAGGAUCUUGGCCGCUUCCAAGCAUGCUUCUGCCCAGCCUCCUUCGCUGGAGACAGCAGCGGCGGCGUCGACGGACCGACAAGCGGCUCGUGGAGCGAGGCAUCAGAGAUCUCGUCCUUCGGCUCCUCCACGGCCGUCCCAACGACGCACCACUGCCAGCCGGGAGGAGACGGACGACGAAGAUGAUGGCGAGGACCAGGGAGAGACUGGAGAGGAGGAUCUCGGCCAGGUAAUUAACGAGAUCAUGGCAACUUUUGCGGACGCGUAUCCGUCUCCCAGCGAGUUUCGCACAAUCAGCUCGACGAGUCCUGGCGAUGCCAUGAAAAGCGAACAAACAGACGACUGCCGCCGCAUGGCUCGCGUUCUCGCGACUAUCGCAGAGCACCACCCCGAAACCCUGACCCUCCUGCGCCGCCGCUUUCCCCGCGCACACUGUGCCUCACGACUCGUCACGAACGUCAUAGCGCGCGACGCCGCCAUCUUGCGCAACCUGCACGCAAACCUAGACAACCAAACCUCCGGCCGCGACGUCUCGUACUCCAUCACCGAUUGGCGCCAUCUCAGCGGCGCCGUGGAGAGCGUGCUCUCCGACUACUGGCACGAUCUGACAACCGACCACCGUCGCUCACUCGCCUCCCUGCUUGUCUCCAUCCUCGAUCGCAUCGUCCAGUGUGAUCGAGACCUCUACGCUGGCCGCAGCCGCACCAUCUACGCCGGCGAAGGCAGCGGCGGCAAUCUCUUUCGCAGCUUUUUGACUUCUCGUGCGCAGCCGAUUGAGUUUUUGGGCCCGUUGGCUAGACUUGAUGCCGCUUUAUUGGCGGGUCAGAGUGGCAGAUUGCAAGAGCUUAUGCACCGGUACAGGGCGAAUGGAGCUGAUGGAUAUGACGCGGAGCAGUAUGGCCGCGUAGCGCAAGCUUUGGAGGAGAUUUGGAAUCGUACUACGGCACAGCAGCUUUGAAGAGGUCUGGGCUGGUGGCUGGACUUCUAGAUUGACCAUCUGGCGUUGCCUCCAUUGUGAGGUCUCGCUUCCGCGAUUCCCUUUCUCUUGGUAUCGUUCGCGGUCCUGGAGUUGGCGGUGUCCGUAGG